UAAGCAAACCCGAUAGAUUAGAAUAGAUGCUGCAUGGAUAUAUGAGAUGAGCACGGUACCUACACAUAUAGAUUUAGCGGAAGCGGACGCGGUAAUAUUUUAGCUCGGGGCCGGCCGGGGGAGGUGGCUUGCCCAGCCUAGCAUAUGCAGUAGCGCAUCCAUGAAUUUUUUUGCCCAUCCAUGUAUCAAUCAGCUCUGCUUUAACUAGUAAGUACUACUGGAGUGGAGAGAGAUGGAUGGAGACAGGCGGCUCAUAUAUAAAUAUACACAAGUUCGUUGCAGUUGUGAAGGAGAUAGGAUCAUACGUAUACGUACGUCGUCCAUGUCCAUCCACCGGGUGGGUCGUCGUCAUUGGUAAGAUCGUUGUACGGCGGAGGCGGCAGCAGCCGCGCGCUGCACUGCUUCCACCAGCACCAGCGAGUUGGGACGGCGACGGGGACGUGAAGCAGAAACAGCAGCUGCCGGUGCUGCCAACGAUGGAGAAGGAGGAGCAGGAGGAAGGAAGCCACCGUCGGCUUCAGGUUCAGCUGCAGGAGGAAGAAGCAGAGCCUGCUGCGGCCGCGGACUCUCCCGGUCGACGACGACAACGACGGCUGCGGCGGUCGGUGUCCAUGUCCAUGGGGAGCCGGCUGGCGAGCGCGGCGCGGGAGCAGAGGGCUCGCCUCUACAUCAUGCGCCGCUGCGUCUCCAUGCUCGUGCGCUGGAAGCACGACGACUAGCUUCUAGCUAUGACUUGUGGCGGGGCCAGCUAGCAGAGCACUAGCAGUAGCAGAAUGAAUAUAUAGCCGAUGAUGAAUGAAUGAAUGAAUCAUCCGAUUUUCGAGCACUGUGAUGUGAUGGUGUAUUCUGUUCUGCCAACAGAGGAACUCUGUUUGUCAUUGUGCUGCUUCUCUUCGCAUGCACCUAGCUAGCUAGCUUGAUGAACAUCAACUUCAGUCACUCUCUCUGCACUUGUUGUGGAUGCGACUGUCAGAUGAUCGCAUCGCAGGUGCAGGUUCAGGG